CUGAGCUGGAUAAUUUGGGAGAAGUUAGAAUCCUGUAGUUUGUCCAUAGAGACCUAUUAUCCCCAGACUGGAGACGGGUAAUAGGGAAGGAGAUGUGUGGUACAUGCUGCAGCUGAUGUCUCCACAUAGAAACUCUCAGCCCGGAGGACAGCUCUGGACUCAGCCACCACUAGGCCUCUCUCUCCAGGCUGACCCUCAUUAUUCCACGGCAUAGUGGCUGUAGGCUCUGGGGCUAGUCUGGACAGGGACACCGAGGUCUCAUCACAUCUGCAGGCCGCCUUACACAUGAUCACAGAGGAGGAGGAGAGCCUGGCCGCCUGCCUGUGUGUGUCCCUGUGCCGGGCUGGGGAGUGUGAUGUACUCGGUAUCUAGGGGCAGGCCUUCCCUGGGCCGGGCUGACAGCCGUGUCCUCCCCUGUGUAUUCCCCCGUUACUGGCCGCCACUACCGCCCCCUUUCCCGGGCUCCCAGCGAGCAGAGCCGGCAUAUUAGGAGAGCCAGAGCCGGUGGGAUGUGCAGAGCGGGGGCCUGAGAGGUGACACUGGCUGUCGCAGGACUCUGGUCUAGCUGGUCUGGAGGAGCUUAGUAACAUGUAUUAAUAAACAUGGACGUCUCUCUUGAAGUUCUUUUGUCUACCGGCAUCAAGAGGAAGAAGCCAAGUCCCAGGCUGAGUUGGUUGGGGCAGGAGAAAGAAGCCAUUUUCCUUGUUGAUGAGAAGACCGUUAGCGAGAUCAACCUACGCUCGGGCAGGGUGAAGAAGACACUACUGAAGAAGAGCAGCGUUGUGACCCUUACUACCUCUGUUAACGGGGCGUGGCUGGCUGCUAUAGAUGUAACUGGGAAAUUGUCACUGUGGAAUAAGGACUGGGACUGUCUGCAGAGUGUCCCGGGUAAUGAAGAGCUUGCCCAAGUAAUUAGUGCAGCACAAGACACCUCUCUGAAGUUAUACCUGUACGUGUCAGGAGAUGGCAGCAGAGUGCUCCUGGCAGCCCACACGGGAUGUGUCUACCUGUGGGAAACCACGGAAGAAAAGAGUCGGCGUGUGUCUCAGAAGAGCACAUUCAUCACUGGACGAUGGACUAAGAUUGUACCUCAGGAUACAGCUGUGUUCCCCGGCAUAACAGAUAAAGAAGCUGCUGUGAAUGCCAUCUUUAUUAAGAAUGAGGUGCUGGGUGACAGCUGCUUGUGUGCCUUUGUCUUCUGCUCCGGCACACGUCUGGUGAUGACAUUCCUGGCUCUGCGCUGGCUGGAAAACACUGAGAAGUACAACAGUGCUGUCCCAUACCACGUACGCUGGGCCCAGCAGGACUGCCCGUUGGACACUAUCGCACUGACCUGUGAGCCGGUGAAGUCUAGAGGAGCUCUGCUCGCAGUGUUCUCCAACAAUGGAUUAGUCCUGGCCAUGGCCGUAAACCAGAAAGACCCCAAGACAACGUGCGUCGUCUUCAUGAACACAAUUAACUUUAUUACUGUGAUUGGUAGUUUGAGGGGCUGCAGCAGUAGGGAUCAGCAGAUCCCUUCCCGAUUGCUAAGGUCUUAUUGGGUAGGGGACAUGGCCUGGACUGCAGACAGCCUAUUCUUGGCGUGUAUGUUGAAGAGAGGGUCCCUGCUCUUACUGACUCACACGGGCGAGCUGCUAACUCUGACAACUUCUGGGUGUAGCGUGGAGUUUGGUCCUGCAGAAUUCAUCCCACUUCAUCCCUUAAUCACAUACAGACCACCUGUGCCCGUGCUGGACAGCUGUGAUGCCAAUGACUCGCUCGGCUCAGUAGCAUCCGAGACGGAUCUCAUGAGGCAGAGAUUCUCUGUGAGCUGUCAUCCUCGUCACCCCUACCUGGUAGUGUCGGAUGGAUACAUGGUGACCGUGCUCCGCUUCGCACAAAAUCUGUCCCCUUAUUGCUUCAUGAAGUCUCUACUACUGGACACAGCGCAGAGACUGGAAACCGUGCGGCAGAACCUGCAGCUGGUAAAGCCAAAGAAAAAUGGGAUUAAACUGAGGUCACUUUCUUCUUUAAAAGCCACAUUAUUAAAAGACCCGAGAAAACCCCCUUCUGUAAUGUCCGCUACCCCAAGCUUUCUGCAGGACGAGGACGAAAUCUGUGGACGUCUUGAGAAAUUAAUAUUGCAGGAUGAUGACGAGGAGUCGGACGAUCAGGAUUAUAUUAAAUACACAGCCCCCUCUGAUAGUACACUGGGCAGAGCUGAGCAAGGCAGACUUGAGUUUGCUUCCAUGUUCGAUACUAUCCACGCUGGAGACCACUACACGGAAAAGAGCGAUGUGAUGACUGAGCUGCUCCGUAUCAGAAGGUCCUUACUGACCGCGUGGGCCAUUGGAGUGACUAUGCGCAACGCAGCGGACACUAGCACUUUGCUGCACUACACAGUGGGCUGCCUGACUCAUUUCCUGUCUAUUCUGCAGAGCCCCAAGUGCCCGGUUUUAAAAGCUGGUAAACCCUCAAAAAGGGCAGCAAGAGGCAGCCCCUGGGCUGCUUACAUCGCGGUCAUACAGCAGUGCCUUACACUUCUGUACUGGGACGUGGCACCGCCACACGCUAUCGGACACAUGAUAAAACUGACGGCAGAGGCCAUCAAGUUGAUCCUCGUUCAACACCAGCAGCUCUACUCAAAGAGUCUGUUAGAAAGUUUUUGUUUGUUAAAGACUGUUUCCCAGAACUUGGAUGCAAUUUAUAGCUUGCACUCUGAGUCUACAUCCGCGACGUCUGCAAUGGACAGUGUAGCUCACCUGGACUCGCUGAAGUUUCCAGUGUUUGAAGCAAUGGUACAGCCGCACAAUGUCUUCCCCGUGCACCUUCUUUUUAAGGAACCGCCAAAGCCAGUAAUUCACAGCGCAAAGUCAGAGAAAAGGCUGGCUGUGCUCUGGCGACUCUUGUAUAAUCAGACCCUAUGGUACCAUAAACGCCUGAGAAAACAGAUCUCUGUGAGCCACUCCAUGCAGCGGGCACCUGAAGUUCAAAAUGAAGAAAAAGCCAUUGGGUUUCUCCUGUGUCACCUACAAGCUGAGCUUCAGUCAGCAGGAGAACACCUCCACCAGACCAUCCGUCUUCUGCCUGUAAACGGGGAAGAAUACUACUUGUUGGGGUCGUACAAAGAGUCUGUAGAGUUCUGGAACAGACAGCUGCUGGAAACCACUCUACAGGGAGGCAGGAGAUGUGGGUUACUUCAGACCCGGUUUUACCUGGCUGUACUCUACUGUUGCCUGUAUAAUUACAAUCUGAAUGAUGCACAAGGUUUAUGCGACCAGCUGGUGAGAGAGAUGCUGAUUCGUUCCAGUCUUCUCACAGAGACGGAGCCGGAUAAUCACGCAGGCUCUGCCACCGGCCAUAAACCUUUUGAAAAGGUUCACUCAGAAGCAGCGCUGGCUGUCAUCCAAUCUAUGGGUCGCUUCAUGGCUGCGUAUUUCACUAACCAGCUGCUGUAUGUGUUUCCUCCACACAAUGUGCGUGUCCUGGCCCCUCUUCAUAUUACCACAGACCGGUUUCCAAGGGUCAUUACUCUACAGCAUAGUAUCGUGGCUGGCGUGGUCCGAGAUCAGAAUCUCUCCAGCGUAUGGACUGUAGAGUAUGCUUUGGACCUGCUGCUGGUUGGAGGCUUGAUACUGGAGGCUGCGUGGCUGGCAGACAAGCUAGGAGACUGGAAGAUGUCUGUUUCAAUGGCCGUGGCUUAUAACGUGCACAUAGAAAAUGUUCCUGAUGAAAAUAAGGAAAAGGUUCCACCAAUGCCGCUGUACCUGUCCCCUGCACACAUAUUCCAGGAGAAGCUACAGGCGUUCCUCGGCCAGCCUCCAAAUUCAGAGACCUUACAUAAGGGUCAUACUGAGGCCAAACAGUUCACUGAUCCCAUUGAGGAAGAGGAUGCAGAUGUACUGUUCAGUUCAGUGCAGGAGAUGCUGAAGGCAGCGGUAAUGGCUGAUGCAGAGAUCCUUACCGAAACCUUGCACCAGCUAAUGGAGUCAGCCAAGGAUCUCAGCAGGAAGCUGUCUGGUCUAGUGCCGGAGCGGCUGUACCUGCCAGCACCACCUCUGUACUGCCCCCAGCCCUCUUCUGUCAGUGAAGAGGACCCCGGUGACUUUCUCUUGGCAGCGGAGAAGAGCAAUCGCCAGAAGCUGUCUGGAGUCCUCCAGCGAAUCCUUCUACUGCUGAGGGCAGCUCGCUGCUCCCUUCCAGCCGCCCAGUGGUACAUCAAGCAGAUUAAACGAGCAAGAAAAAUCAUGCAGAAGAUUCGAGCUAAAGGUUCCCUACCCCUUGGCAAAUCGCUACCAGAAACACUGUUGAAUUACGCCAACAGUAGCAAUGUGUUUCUGAAGGCUGGAGCGAGUGGACGACACAUAAAUAACCUGGUAUCUUCCAGUGUAGUAGCCUGCUUCCGGGAGCUUUGUGCCCUGUGCUGGAUGCUGCACGUACGCGAUCGAUUGUCCAUCAGCUGCAGACAGUACCAGAAAGCGAGAGACCAUGGCAAGCUAUUUAAGAGUUCUGAUGAGUAUGAUUCCUGUGUGACCGAGCACUGCUUUGAGGCUUUGGAAUGGGCGUGUCGAAUGCUGUCAUUUACACGGGUAACGAACUGCGAGGAGCUGAUACAAGAUGUCAUUCUGAGCCUGAUCAGCGAGCUACCUCCAGUGAAAAAGGUUGCAGAGAUCAUGGUCAAAGCUUUUCCUCAUCCUGAUGACGUUCGUGUACCAUUAAGGGAAAAGUACCAGUCGGUUCAGCAGCGCUUGCGACACUCCAUGAUUAAAGGCGUACAAGGUGAAGAAAUGAUGUCCGUUGUCAUGCACAACGUGCAGAGGGUGAGAGCAAAGACUCUGAAACGCAUACAGAAGAACAUUGGUGCGGUGGUUAUGCAUUUAUGGGAACCUGCUUUGGAUGAGACCCUGGAGAAUGAGUCGCACUGCUACGACAAGUACUCUCUGGGCACUACUAGUCUCAGCAGAAGCACUCUCACUGACCUUGGGAGGCCUCAGAUUUACAGUGACACAGACACUUUGUCCGAUCCAUUGAUGUAUACAGAUGAAAGAAAAGGGUGGCAGAUCUCAAUAGACAGAGACAUCCACAGUGGAAAGCCAAACAAAGCCGCCAGUGAGAAGACGAGAGAGAAAAGUGACAUGCCCAGCGAGAGUGGCUCUUCUGUACCUAUAGUUGGCAGCUGGGAGUUUGAGUGUGACGACGCUGAGUACUCAGACUUUCUAGACCUGUUCCUCAGUUACCUGCUGGAGAGAGAUCUGCUUCAUAGCAGUGAGCCCGGGAUUCCUUUCCUCACUACGUUCUCUCAACACCUCCGAGAGCAUGAGCUGAACUCCCUGGUAUUUGACGUUCACACCACACUGAAACGCAAACUGGGGAGGCCGGGGAUAAAAAGUGUCUUCAGAGCUGGUUCCUGCUACAAAGUUAACACAGAUCCCAAUAACACCCACAGUGACUCUUUAAAUAUUGCGGGUGCAAUGCAGCAAACUCAAGGCACGACUGAACUCACGCACGCUUUGUGUUCAACUGUGGUAGUACAAAAGCCUUCUGUCUUAGCUCAGAGAUACUUUCACAGCUUCAGAUCAAGACCUUCUGUCAGAAGUGGCCUGUUUGGUUUACAGGACCAAAGAGCACCGAAAACUAAUGAAGACAAACACAAUGUCUCCUUUUCUUCUCUGCCGACUGGUCACAUGUGUGAUCAGUACAGCUACGGCCUCAUCCACAACAAACACUUUGCUCCAAGUGAGGAGCUCGGAGUGGAACUGCAGGCCAAGUACAGUAACGUGGCCAAGCUGGUGGAGUGGAUGAUCCGGUGGUCUGACCGUAGGUUGUUUUGGAGCUCAGGGAAAGCAGAAUGCCAUGUUGCCUCUAGCACUGCGAUACGGGUCAAGACAUCCUCUGCUGCUAUCCUCACCUCUAUGUGGCUUCUGGAAAAACCCUAUCUGGGAAGAGACUACAUCUGUAAUGUUCCUCCAAGAGAGUGUAUUGUAGCUCCUGUUAUCCAGAAUGUGGAAGAGGCCAAGCUGCCAUAUGGACCCAGUAUGAGUAUUGGUAAUUCAGAUUCAGAGAGAGGUUCUCCUAGUACAGUGCAUGAGCAGGAUCACGAAUCGGGAGACGAAAGUGUUUCUAUAGAAUCCUCUAAAGUGAGUGUGAGAAGUUGUGGACGAAGCUUGGGAGGGCAACACUUAGUUCAUCAUGAGAAGUCUGAGGAUGACACUUCUGUUCUUUUUGAAAAUACCGCAGUGGAGCAGAUCCCUGUCCUAUCAGAAACAGAAGAUGACCAAGAGGAUCAACUUGACACCCAAAGAAGCCCUAAAAUCUCAGUUAGCAUACGUCCUGUACCUCAGCAGAUGGAGAAUUCUAUGUCCUAUAAUUCUGAACACAAUGCACAGGAUCACGAAGAACCAGUUGUCCAGACCACAGGAGAACGGCCACAGAGUGAGCCAGCUGCUUCUGCUAGUCUCAGCUCUCCGCUCCCACAGUCCUUCUCCAAUGCAGCCAUGAUCUGUCAGCCUCCUGCUUCCACCACAAACCAGACAGCAUCCGUUCCUGAUGGAGGGCACAGCGCUCAGCCUGGCAACACGUCGGAGGCUUUUAGACAACUAUUCCAGGAUGAAAUGUUUAGAUUACUACAGCUCCAGCAAGUAAACUUCAUCAGCUUAAUGCAAGUUGUGGGGUCUUCCUUUGCGGCUCUGCCAGCCGUACAGCACAUGUUGCUGCAGACAUCACAAGUGGAAAGGAAUCCAGUGUUGAACCCUGCUGGGGGACAAUCUAUGCUUCAGGUCCUUAGUUCUGCCCCACAAAACUAUCCAACUCCAGUACUUGCCCCACAAAACCAUCCCACUCUAGUACCAGCCCCACAAAACCAUGUUACUGGAGUGCCUUCUGCACAGAACCACCCCCCUCCAGUACCUGCCCCAGAGAAGCAUGCUACUACAGUACCUGGAUCACACACUAGCCAGGUAGCUGAUACGGAGCAAGCAUCCACGAGAUGUCACGUCACUGCUGGUGAGGGAAAGGCCGCUCCUGACCAGAGCAAUGAGGAGAAUCUGCAGAAGCUUCCUGAGCUCACCAUCCCAUCCAGCCAGGGUACCGAUGGAGGAAAAAUUCCAGCAAACUUGGGAUUAUUAAGAAUGGCUCAUAGCCAAGGUCUGCCUUUAAUAACUCCUCCAUCAGUUCUUCAGAAGACCCCUACUCUCAUCAUGCCUCAGGGGUUGAGUAGUCUCAAUGGAUUCCCACUGCUAAAACUACGCACAGAGCCCAAUAUCCUACAACUCCGAGGGGACCAUCGUCCUCCCCUCAGGGAAGCUUGGGGGCCAGCGAACUCUGCCCAGAGGGCAACCAGUUCUCAACCAUCCGAUAACAUUCCAGGUUACACAGUUGUCAGUAACACCGGUAUUAAAGUCUUGAGAAGAGCAGAGGAAAAUCAAAAAUGGGCAGAACUUGUCAUUAAAAGACUCUCAAAGCAUCCAGCUGCGGAUUCAUUCCAAUCGCAUCAAAGCUCCCACGUUCACCAACCAUUCCUUAAAACAAAGGAGAAGAAAGAAAAUCCUGGAAGAGAUUUGUUUGAGAGGCCACCGAACAACAUAGGAAUGCCUCUACUGCAUCUGCGCUUGGAUCCAGUGUUGUAUGUUCCACCCAUUCCACGUCCCAGCGUCACAGUCCCGAUGGUGCCACCGCUGUCUAACGCCAAGUCAGGUGUGUCACCGAUGCCACCACAGGCAGCGAUAACACUGCUUAAAGCGGACUUAACCAAAGAGACACAGAGUCUCCACCUCAGCUCCACACCUAGACUCAUACCGCUGGAGAACCUGAUUGCAUUUGAGAGAGAUGCCGCACUCAGGGCCCCUGGCUCAGCAGAGGGAAGUGUGCAGCUGCUGAAAGCAAACAUCCAGCCCUUUGAGGAAGUAGUAAAAGCUGAGGACAGCAUUAAAAGACAGAAAAGACGCACUUUGCAGGAAAAAGGUGAAAAGAAAAUGAAAAAAACAUCUGUUGCAUUCCGACCUGAGGACUCCAUCAUAAAGCCAAAUAAUUUUGAUGAGGUUGUGCAAACGGAGGAUGUACAUCAUGACAAGCAGGAUUUAGAGGAGGGUAAUGAAUUUAUCAUUCCAUUGGGCACUUUCGGGUCAGUGCUGUCAGAUCAGAUUGCAGACACUCCAGUCCUUUCUGUGGCAGAGUUACAUUAUAUGGCUGCCACACAGAAAGGAGCACCGAAAAUACGGGACGCAAGCACCAACACAGACUCUGCCUCUAAGUCUCAUAAGGACACAGGGACAGAGUGUGAAGAGUUUCCUAGUAAUGGCUUGGCCGCCAGCCCUCCUCCUGCUCCUCCAGGAUACAGUGAGUCACGUAAGCCUCUUAGCUAUGCAGGGACAGAGGGUGAUGAACCUUUCAGCUCUCCCAUGGCUCCCUCGUAUCCCGCUGCAGAAAGCCCACUCUCUGAUAUGCCCCUGGUCAUGCCGCCAAAGUUGUUCCUGAAUGCUCAAUUUCACGAUGAAGUCCAGUCAGAGAGAACCCCGGCAACACCAAACUUAAGCCCGCCGGCAGAGGUUGGACAUCAUGACUUUAGUCGGCUUGACAUAGAUUCUGAAGAAUUUACCAGACCGUUUGCUGAACAGAAUGACCCAUCUGUAGCAGGACGUCAUCACAUGCCAGGCUCCGCAGACACUUUUCUUCCGCCACAUCCCUUUAACUAUAGAGAUAUCUUGUCAUCGGACUUGCCGGAAAGGCCACAACUACAAGAGAGAGUCGCUAGCCGCGCCGACAGUGUUACGCAGCGCCUGCUUUCCGGAGCUCUGACCCCUGCUCCAUCUAGUGAGCCAACCCGAAGGAGGCAUACACCUCGUGUCUUAGAAAACAAUGAUGCCAUUUCCAGACUACAAGAGAUGGACGUCCAGCUAAGGGCACUGCAAAGCAUGGCUGACAGCAUGGAGCGUGACUUCGUCAGUACCGAUAUGCUGGUGAAUACAAUCGAAAACUUGGCAACUGUGAUUGACCCCGAGCCUAGAGAGGUUCUGUCUUCUAGAGCAGCUGGUGUCCCAGAAAGAGUGCUGCCUCUGAGUGACAUAGCCCUGGAAGAGCUGGCUGAGGAGGAAGACUUUACACUACCAAGCCCUGCUGAUAUCGGCUUACAUAGACGCCCUAUGAAAGUCUUCAUCUCUGCCAAGAGUGACAGCCGUCCCUCUACAGCUCCUGGACGGAACAAAAACAUGGAUAAAGGCACUGCAGCCGACCCGCUCCAAGUAACCGGACUGAGCGAUAUCGCAGACAUCCUGGGAGAUCUCAUGGCAGGAGGGGUUUCAGCUUCUGAAUUAGGGCUGACGCAAACCCAAGCCGAUGCACUCUCCAGGGACAGGCUCCGCCACAGUACUGCAGGAAGGACACACAGGCAGAGGGCAGAGCUGCAGCAGUGGAUGAGGAGAAAGCAGAGGGAGCGUCUGUCUGAUCGUCGGAAGAGGCUGGAGGAACUGAGGCAGCAGGAGCACAACCCCUUCCAGUCACAGCGGGCGGCAAACUCUUCCAUAUCCUCAAAGACAAUCCGGCAGAGCCAGCGAGUGAAGGAUGAAAAAGACCGGACGCUGCUGUCUGAGCACCACACUUACCGGGUAUCAGAUGCCAUUAGUCUCAUGCAGGACAUGUUAUCGGAAGCCAAGCAGGUCCCUUCUGCAAGUCUCAAACCCAGGACAUCCCCCGCAUCACUCUCCAAGUAUCGGGGGCCUCAUUCAGCCUCAAAAGGGUCUCAUGGUGCUGUGCGCAGCUUGUCGGUUAGCCACGCUGACAAACGCAGGUCGGCCGCCAGAGGUGCAGUUUCUCAGCCAAGGACUAUGUCAACUCCUACAUGGACACAGACAAGAGGAACAGCAACAUUUACGUUACCAAAGAGGGACUUGGACCUGAAAACCAGGACACAUAGCGCACCCAGCUAUACUGUCCGUAGAAAAUACGAUCCCUCUCUACCAGGAGACCGCCUAUCCCAGAUCACACGCCGGGGAAUGCUGGCCGGAAGGAACAGGACAAACAUCCAAAGUAAAACUCCAAAACCAAUCCUUAAAACCACAGCAAGACAGUUUAUGUCACCCCGUCAUGAUAGGGGCAGCAACGGAAGCAACCCUCAGCCACACGAUGGGGACUUCCAGCUAGAAGAUGCCUACGAAAGGGACAUUGUGAGUCCCUGGGAAAUCCCAGAUGAAAUCAACAGGAUAUUAAACAGCAGUAGAAACUCCAUCCAGUCACAGGGGUCAUUACUGAAUGGAAGUGGUGCUUCCCGCAAUGUUCUUCUGGACAAUGCCUCUGACAGCACGGGCAGCAUUCUCAGCAAGCUGGACUGGAAGGCGAUAGAAGACAUGGUGACCGGCGCCGGCAGUCUGUGACAGCGCCCAGUACAGACCUGUAACAGAGCCACAGUACGGCACAUCCUGGGCUUGCAUACAUGUUUCCUGGUGCAGUCUUCAGUCGUGUUAGAUCCCAGUGAACUGUGACUGAUGCAUUCUGGCUAAUGUGCAGCGCCAUCCUAGCGCUGAUUUGUGUCCUGCGCGUGAUAGAUUUUACAAAGGAAAUUAACGUUUUAUUUUUCUAAAGAAGCAUUUCAUUGUUUAAAAUGUACAAUAUUGUUUUUUAUUUAUAAAAAGUGAUUUGUUAUUCGUAUUAUUUUGUACUUUUGAAAGUUCACUGUGCGUUGUUGUCAAAUAAAAUGGAACCUGUUGUAUGGAUUUACACUAUCCUCUCCGGGCCGCAGUGUAUGCA